AUGAGCAUUGACAACCAUUACGCCAGUGCUGGACGCUGUGUCCAGCACAUCAGCGAGAAUGGCGCAAAUGUCCAACCUAGCAUGCCAGCCUCGGCCUCUGUUAGCAAGCAGUGGCGUGCUGAGACCUUCCGCCACAUCGUCGUGGCACAAGUCCAGCCUGCUGUUCCCGGCAGCAGCAGCAAUGCCUUUGGAGCUGUGACUACUGUUGUUCACCCGUCUGGAGAUAUUGUCUUCCUCACCGACAGAGCUCCCGACACAUACCCAGAUAACACCAAGACGAUUUUGCAGGCCGCAAAGACCGUUAUGGUCUAUAAAGAGGCACUUGUGCCUACAGACCCUGAAGAGUCUGGCCUCCUCACCAAGGUUAUGCUGGCUGGAACAACCUUUAAGGAACUACGGACUCUGGAUGUCAUUAUUCAACCUAGUUUCAACAAGCCGGGUGGUCUCCGGACCCCCUCCCAUCGCCAGGCGCCGUCUUGA